AUGGAGAGACAACUUAUUCUUUUCUGUGUUGGUUUAGUUCUGUUCAGCGUGCUUAUUACUAUCCUGCUAACCUUCAAAUACCGUUAUAGACCGAGGAGAAUUCAUGUUGCAAGGUACUGAUGGUUUACAGCAAUUCAUUAUACUGUAUUAUUUUUACAUUUGGAAGUAAAAAGAUAAUUUUGUUAUAAACACAUUAGGUCGAAAAGUCUCGAUAACGAUAUUAUUUUGUUUAAGUAUCCAGGGAAAUUUAAUACGAUUGGGAAAAUUGCUGAAAAACAAUUUUGUAUAAAUUGUCCAAUAAUACCAUCGAAAUAGACGGUUUUAUGUCAUAUUCAAACUCUACUGUUGUCAUAGAAACACGGAUUAUAUGUGCGUCAUUUCGUUUACAGUUUCCUACAGAACUGUAUUGUACAAGUUGAACGCAUUCCAGUAAUAAUUGUUCAAAAACUUGGAUGCAUUAAAUCACAGAAUGCAAGCACUUCGAUAGUCCAGUGUGUUCUUUAUGUCUUUUGUGACAUGUCAGCUUUGUAAUGUUCACACAUAACUAUGCAUGAACAUCAUUGUUAAUAAUCUACGUAUAUGUUGCAACUGAAGAGAACAAACAUCGACGCUUCGAGCGAAGGCCCGCAAAUGGUAGUUAAUUAAUUAACGUUCACACUUAGGGCCUUCAUUCGAAACGUCCAAGUUUCUUCUACUUUUCAGGUAGGCUAUAUUGCAUCGGUAGAUAGCGAAGAGUACAAUCUACGUGCACGCCAACCCAACGUUCAACAUCAUCAUUGUUACCAUGGGAACAGGGCUGGUUUACAUUGUCAAAGUUUUAUUGAUCACAGUAGGAAUUUUUCAUGGGCAAAUUCUAAGUUUUGAAGGAUUUGUAAGAUAUGUUUGAGGGAACAUUCUCUUCCGACACUUUUCCAGUAAGUUGAAUACAAAGAGAGAGAAACAUUAACCUCAUGUAGACAUGUUUCUUUAUUUUCCAGCCACAUGACAGAUCCAUACCAGAAUUUCAAAGACGUGAAAGUACAUCAAUUAUACAAAGCUCUUAAAAGGAUGUCGAUUAUUGCAAAUCUUCAAGAGAUUGAUGUCGAGGAAGGAACAACGACAAGCACUUCUUAACCAGCACGCAUCGCUUCUCGUCAUCUGAGAUUUAAUAUUUGUUUCUUGUAUUCGGAUAAUUUAGAGACGAUUUUUAAUAUCUAUUCUCACGGUAAAACAUGUUAACAUAAAUGACGAAAAGGACUCCAAGACUAAAAGUUCCACCUCACAUGCAAGCUCAAGAUUUAAGAUGAG